AUGCCCCCUCAUCCCAGGAACUCACAAAACACUCGUUCUCAGCAUUCUCCAUACUUUAUAAAGCCUCCUUCCAAGGGAUCACAGAACUCUCUUCUUCCAUCCUCACUCGACCGUCCACAACCUCUCGAUAUCAAGAUCAACGACAAUCACAUCUAUAGGUCUGCAUCUCAAAGUGAUAACGAACGUAAGAAAAGAAGAAAAGACAAGAAGAGAAAACCUUCCAUCACCACCGAAUCCGCCAUUCACAGGGCUCACGAUUUGGCCAUGCUAGGGUACACGCAACGUGUCUCCCAACAAUCCCCUAGACCAGCCCGAAUGAUAUCGGACACUCGAAACAAACCUUCCACUCCCCCUUCACCAGGAAUAAACAAAUCGAAGUCGGAUGAUCAUCGAGUGCAGAUCCUUCAGCGCAAGUUCGAGCUUUCUUCUCGUGAAGCCAAGAGAAGGGAGGAAGAGUUGGAAGAGACCAUCACGAGGUUAGAGAGUAAACUCGCAGCUCAAACGCAAGAAGUAGAAGCGGCCAGAAAAGAUGGGGAGAAACAUCGACAGCAAGCUGCAGAGCAUGCAAAGACUAUUGAGGAACACGUCGCCACCAAAGAUUCUCUUAAAGAAGCGAUAACGGAAGCAGCUUCAUGUCUUAUCUGUUGUGAUACUCUCAAGGAUCCUCAUAUCCUCUCAUGCGGCCACAUAGCCUGUAAAGGAUGUCUUCAAACCUGGUUCCGUAGUUCUGGAGCUUACAUUCACGGUCUACCAGACGAUGUUCGACCUGAGCUCGAUCUUUCCUAUCGGUCCAAAGUCUGUCAUGUCUGUCGUACCUCCAUUAUCCGUCGUCCUACUCGGCUUUACGUGCUCGGUGACUUACUUCAACCUGUCGGUAUUCAAGUCAACCUCCCUGCGGCUUCUCAAGAACCUGCGGAUCCGUGGCAACUCACCUUUCCCCGCGACCGCGAGAAUUACCGAAUGUACGAUUCAGCCGAUGGAGUUUAUCGCUGUCCUGAAUGCAUGGGAGAGAUCGACGGUGAUUAUUGUCACACCUGCGAUGCCAAGUUCAGCACCGAUGAGGAAGGAGGAAUGGAAGGUGAUUUUGAUGGUAUGACAGACGAAGAUUCUCUUGGAUUUCCCGAGGAAUUGAGAAUAGGAUCAGAAGAGGAAUACCCGAUGAAUGACAUAGAAGCCUUUGAGGCUCCUUUGAACAGGUGGGCGCAAGAUGAAGUCGAUUGGUCCGAUGAUGACGAGGAAUAUGAGGAUAGUUUCAUUGAUGAUGGUGAGAUAGAGUCGGAAAGGGAGAUGCCUGAUAGUGGAGGGAGUGAUGCUGCGAGUCAUGCGGGUGAACCCAGUGCUGGUGGUAGUGUGAAGGACGAUUCUGAUGGUGCGAGCGUGAGGGACAAUGAUUCUGAAGAAGAGAAUCUUAGUGACGAGAUUAUCCAAUUGCCCCGUCAACGAGCGAGGGCACUCAUACAGCAGAUAGGGGCGAGGAGGGCCAUGCAGAGACAGCGUGAGCGCAUCAGCUCUAGUCCAGAAGCACCCAUUGCGGCUCCUGCCCCUCGUCGUGGUCGUGGUCGGGGUCGCGCCGUCAAUCAAGUCGGAUGGUAG